GUUUGAUUAAUCGGGUCUGAAAUGUUCAACAUGACGUGUGUAAGCGUUGCCUUCACGUGCUGAAGGACGGAUCGGGUUUAAGGGAGAAAGCAUAUAAUUUGUGCAGAUAACCAACCUCAUGUCAGAUGGCUUAUGUUUUGCAAAAGCAGAAAAUAGCACCUGCUAUUUUCAUCUCAACAAAAUCUUGUGUUUGUGGUUAAUUCCUAUUUACAUGGACAAAAGAGGAACAGAAACAGAGAAACAUGACACCGAUGAUUGGUGGGGAAUUACAACAGCACGUGAACGCCGCACAGCUACAGAGACAGUGAAUAAAUAAAAGUGUCGACUCGAUAAGCUGCAGCAAUGGGUAGAAAACUCUGUUUUACACUGUGACUGUUUCUUUUACACUUGGAUAAUGUAAGGUUGUUAUAUUUAACGGUGCUGCUGUUGUUAGUAUGACGAAUAAAAUAAAACCAAAGUUUUGGAAAAGACCGAAAUCCCAAACCACGUCAACUUAUCUGUCGUGGCUCCUGGAGGAGUCUCAGUGUGGACACAAAGAAAUCGAGACAGACCUCAAAUAUCAGGCGUUCUUUCAAAAUGGACUCAGACGUCUGCCCCGCUGAUCAGUCAGACUCCUUGUGCUCUGCCUCUGUUCCUGUUGACGGAGCCUCUGAGGCUGUGGUCAGCACACAGACUUUAGCAUCUCCGCCGGUCUUAGAGGUGGAGGAUGUGGACUCCUACAAUCUGAUCGAGCCUCCUCCAUUAGACUGGAGGUCUGACUCCUCCAGUGAGGCGGGCUCAGCAGACGACCUGGACGACCCCAGCUUCCCUCCCUCUGUUGACAAUCUGGACGAGACCAGUCCCGGCGUGAGUGACACUGUGUCUCCACUCGACGUGAACCAGCAGGAGCUUGUGGGAAAUAUUGCAGACCCAGUUCAUGAUAGAAAGGUGGAAUUGGAAGAGGAGGAUGAAGUGGCUGAGGAAGAGGGAGGGGUGAGGGACUUGGAGGAUAUUGGGGAACACCAGGCAGAGGCCACAUUAGGUGUGGAAGAUAGAGUCAGUGAAGAUGAGGUUGCUAACAGGAGAUCAAGUGAUGAAGACCACAGUCGCAUCCACACGCUGCUUAGCCAGCUGCAGCUGAUGGGGGAAGAGCCUCAUCCCAGCCGCCAGACGCCCCCUCACCUCGCCCAGCACCAGUACCUGUCUGAGCUGGAGGCGGGUGCUCCCUCCCUAACAACGGACGACAGCACUGAAACCACGGGGCUGCUGUUCUCUGAAAGCCACCAGAGAGACCUGCUGGGGCUGCUGCAGUUCACAGAGAUCACCUCUGCACCCAGUCCCACCUGUCUGCCCCGCAGAGGAGACAUGGACGCAGUAGUGUCGGUUUCCUACAGUCAGGAGGACGCUCAAAGGUUCUGGGGGCAUUAUGGGAAUGGUCAACAGCAGCGGCACAGAGAAGACUCCCUCGUCUCGCUGCCUGAUGAUGAGUAUCCUGAACCAGUUUGGAUGAAGAUGGGCGAGGAGCCUCCGGAGGAAGAGGAGGCUGCUGCAGAGAGCGAGCAAGUUGAGAGUGCUGAUCAUCCUGCAUACAAAGACGUGCCUGGUCCAUGUGACCCCGAAGAUCUGUUAGACGGAGUGAUAUUCGGCGCCAAAUACCUGGGUUCCACCCAGAUCAGAUCAGAGAAGAACCCGUCCACAAACGCCCGCAUGAUCCAGGCUCAGGAGGCCGUGGACCGCAUCAAGGCUCCAGAGGGAGAGUCCCAGCCAAUGACAGAGGUGGAUCUGUUCAUCUCCACCCAGCGAAUCAAAGUUCUCACUGCAGACACACAGGAAGCCAUGAUGGAUCACGCUCUGCAGAUGAUCUCUUACAUCGCAGACAUUGGUGACAUUGUGGUCCUAAUGGCACGAAGGAAACGUAAAGGGCAGGAUGGUGACCCCGCCCCUAACGCUUCGUCCUCUUCCUCAUCUGGAUCUCAGAAGAAGUGCUUAAUGAUCUGCCACGUCUUCUCCUCUGACGAUGCUCAGAUCAUAGCCCAGGCUAUCGGUCAGGCGUUCGGAGUGGCCUACCAGCAGUUUCUUCAGGCCAGCGGCAUCAAGGCCAGCGAUCUGAGGCCUGGCGAGUACAGUGAUUACCUGGAGAGUCAGGAGCUGUAUAACGGAGACCUGGCCCACUUCUCUGACUCUCAGAACAUCCGAGACGUAGCCAUCACAAAGGCCUCUGGAGAGAUUUUGGGUCUGGCGGUGGUGGAGUCAGGGUGGGGCUCCAUCCUGCCCACAGUGGUGGUGGCCAACCUCCUUCACGGAGGUCCUGCCGAGCGCAGCGGCGAGCUCAGCAUCGGGGACCGCAUUAUGUCCGUCAACAGCACCAGCCUAGUGGGUCUGCCCAUCGCCACCUGCCAAAAUAUCAUACGGGACUUAAAAAGCCAAAAGUAUGUAAAGCUCAGCAUCGUCCACUGCCCGCCGGUCACCAUGGCGAUAAUCAGAAGGCCAGAUCCCAAGUUUCAGUUGGGCUUCAGUGUGGAGGACGGCAUUAUCUGCAGUCUGAUGCGGGGCGGUAUAGCAGAGAGAGGAGGCAUUCGUGUUGGGCACCGCAUCAUUGAAAUUAACGGGCAGAGUGUCGUCGCCACGCCGCACGAAAAGAUCAUCCAGAUCCUGACCAAUGCUGUCGGAGAGAUUCACUUGAAGACCAUGCCAGCCUCAACGUAUCGACUUUUAACAGGGCAAGAGCAGCCAGUGUUUCUUUGAGCACUUCCUGCUGCAUCAAGGACAAAACUACUGCACAGUGUUCCAGCUACAUGAACUUUUGCCAAACCAAGAAAAUAUUAUGCAAUUGAUCACACAGCAUAUCAUACGCUGUUGUCGCACCACUGAAUACAAAAAGUUAGUCCAGCUAUAUAUUUUUAAGAUUUAAAGUGCAUUGAAAUAUUGUGAUAUUUUAAAGUCACAGAGAUAGAUGGUAGCGCUCCAUUCAUAUUUAUCUAUUUAACAAUGCAGGCAGUAGCAGAGAUGCAAAUAAUCAAUUUUGACAUGACUAACUUUUACAUGGUGUUGAGUAUACUGUACUAUUGAAUUUUUGUUCUUUCAGCCUGGUGUGUAGCCAGUGUGCCUGAGCUGAAUGCGCUUGCAGGGGAAACCUUAUUGAAUCAGUAUGAAGAGUGUGUGUAUUUUAUUUUAAAGCACUUCCAGUUCCACACGUACACAUGCAUAUCAACACAUGUCUGUCACAUGGUUCAGAGAAGACUAUAUAGUCCAGCGCUCUGGUUCUUCCAUAUGGUGCUUGCCUGACUGCCUGGCAGGAAGCAGAUCAUGCACAAUUAAAUAUAACUGCCUUAUUUCAUAGAGAGAUGCAUAUAUUUUUAAGAAUUUACUUUUUUUGGAUGUUCAUUAAAAUGAUCUGUAAGAUAUCUUCUUGAUGUUAUUUAUUAAGUCAGUGGUCGCUGAUACGUUUCAGAUGCAAAGUUGCUUUUUUUUUCAUUUUAAAACAUUACAUGCCUAUGAACACCUAAGUUAGAGCUGUUGUAUAUUUAAAUUUGGACAUAUUUUUGCAAUAUAUAAAAUUGAAAUAUAUGUAUCAAAUUGAUAAUAGCCCAGUGCUUAUGUGAAAAUGUAUGUAAUAAUUGCAAAUGUAAUGCUUUUAAUUAACAUUCUUACUUCUUUUUUUUAUUAGUUUUAAUUGGUUAAGGUUACAAUGUAAUCAUAUGCUGCUUGUGCUAAUA